AUGGGUUCUGACCAGGAUUCAGGCCCUGGGCCUGAUAUCCCAUCAUGGAUUGUCCAGAACAAGGGGUCGAUUGAGGCUGCUCUCCGCAAUGUCUGGGAUCCCUUCCACAGCUAG